CUGCCUGAAGUCCCAGCCAGCCCUUCCCAAGCCAGAGCUGGGAGACAGGCAGGCAGGCAGCCUGAGUUCCUCUGGCGGUCAGAGCAGCCCCGGAGUUGGACCACUCCUUGGGAAGAUGAGAAGACUGCUGGGAGCUGCGGAAGGACCUCGCCUCUGACCUGCUGCGAGGGGCGGAUCAGGGGGAUCCCCGGGACAGAGGCUGAUUCACUGCUUGAGCUGUCAUCCUCUCUGAAGGCGAUGUCAGGACCUGAAGCUCACAGCCACGGCAGGAGGCUGCCCUCCGACAUGGACACUGGGCAGCGAGGGCUGGAUGCAGAGCAGAUGCAGCAACAGCAGCUCAAGCUACGGGAGAGGCAGAGAUUCUUUGAGGAGGUUUUCCAACAUGACGUAGAUUUCUUCUUCCCAGUAUCGCACCUGCAGAUAGAGCACAGGAGACCUCCCUUAGGCAGCAUUUCCUCCAUGGAGGUGAAUGUGGACAUGCUGGAACAGAUGGACAUGAUGGACCUUUCUGACCAAGACACUGUGGACGUGUUUCUCAGCUGCGGAACGGAGGACAAUAACAACGUAGCUGCUCUUUUGCCAGAUUCCAACCGUUACGAGGAGGAAAUUUCUCUGCAAGUGCCCAACUCGACCGAGAUCAAAUCCCGGAUCUCGUCCACAUCCUCUGCCUCUACAGACCUGAACAGCCUAGACACCAGUGAGGAAGGGGCUGAGACCCCUGUGGUGCAGUCAGAUGAAGAAGAGCUGCAGCAAGAUGGCCCCGAGGAGCAGGAGAGCAGCAGCUAGCGGUGUGUGUGUGUGCGUGUGUGUGUAUGUUGCCAAUCCACCGCAUUGACUCUGCCAGCUGACAUGAUGAAGGAGGAAUGUGGCUGUCUGGCUCAGUGACUAAACCUCGCAGCGGUUCCCUAUCUCAUUUCUUGUACUUGGGGAGAAUUAGAAAUAAGCCUUCUCCCUGCAGGAUGGUCAAUGCAUUGAGAAGCAUAGGGAGAAAGGGGUGAGGAAAAGGGACUGUCGUUUUUUGUUUUUUUCAACUAACUCUCCAGCCUUUUACAGCUAACGCUCUUGGUUCACUCACCCUGACUACGCAAGUUAGCCAUGACCUCGGCUGCAAUUAUUUCAGGCAAGGCAUUUGUGCAGGCUUAGAGUCUCUCCGAUUCCAGCACACCACAUACACACAACAAAUGUCUUAGUUGUAACAUAAAAUUGUAUUCCUUUCAAGCAAGCAGUUGGUCUUGUAUGAUCCAGUUGAGACCCCUACAUUGCAGGGGUUGGGCUGGAUGACUCUCGAGGUCCCUUCUAACUCUGCAAUUCAAUGAGUCUACAACUGGGAGGAUGUGCAUUAUUGGGGGGAAAGGGCCAGUAAGGCACUGUGGUUCAAGAAGAAAUGCCUGAACAGGAUUAGAUUCCUAGGGGAGGCACUGAUAAGCAGAGUUGUUCAUUCUUCCUCGCCUACAAAUAUAAUUUUGCAUUCUUACACUGCAAAUAUGCAGUGUAUAUUGGGAAGGUAAGAAGCAGAGGAAUGACUAAUGAAAAGAAAAAUGGGCUUCAAAAAGGGGGUGCAGCAGUAAUAACAUCUAUUUAGUGUGGGCCCACAUAACUUCUGACACACAGAGCAGAAUGCAACCUACCCCAGCCAUGUCUGCCCACCCCCCUUCUGAUGUUUCCAAGUGAUUACAAAACAGGUUCUCACGCUUCUGGCAUGCUGUAAUUGGUGGUUGGUCGUGGCAUUCAGCUUGAUGGGUGACAAAGUUGUGUAGACCUUCCCUAGGUAGAAAAGUUGCCUUGGGCUGCUGCUAUGUGGCUGGUUUUUCAAUGACGCAAUAGAAUUCACUUGGUGCAGUAGCUAAGAAUACAGGAUGCAUGAGAUUAGUCUCAGUCCUUGGUUCAAAUCUUUCCUCUGACAUGAACUUGCACGAGUGGCCUCGUCUUCCUCCUUCAAUAGGGGGAAAAGCAGCAAUGACCCACCUUACAGGAACAUUGAAAGAGUUUCUGAAACAAUGUACAUGAAGAGCUUUGAACACUAAAUGCUAAGUAUUCUUAUUAUU